AUAACCCAGGUGAUAACUUUUGGAACAAAGAGGAGGGGAAAAAGACAGUCUGUAUGCCCAUGUGAUAACAGCACUGACCUCCUGAGGGAUUUCAGUUUCAAGAUCAGGCUUUGAAUCAGGUCCUAACAGAAAACAAAAGGCCUCAGAGGAGGAAGCAAAGAGUUUUAAAGGCAAAUCUAGAAAACAAAGCAGUCAAUGGCCGCAGACCAGAACUCAUGGAAUGCAGUAUAUGUGGUCAUGGUGAAAAAUACAGGGUGAAGACAAACCAAGCGGUGCCCAUUGAGAAUGUGCUGUGUAAGGAGAAGGAGAGCAUGACUGGCCUGGAAGCAGAGAGGUGGGCACAUGCAGAGAAGCCAUCCUUUGGUGUCCACGUCAAUGGUGACAUCCACGGAGCUGUGACAGGCACCCAGCACUUGAACCACGCUGAGCACAGCCACAGGGCAGCCCCUCCCUGUCACCUCCCUGAGCCAAAAAAGCCCUUGGUGCCCCCCAUCAGAAAUGGCAUCAGCACCCUGCAUUAUUCACCACCAGAAGCAGUUCCCUCACUGAACGAUGCACCUGCAGAGGAAAGGACAGACCUGACAAGCAACUCCCACAUGCAAUGGCCAACGGGUGGCACUCUGAGUGACACAGUAAGCACUCUGACAGGCGGCUCUGGCUGUGUUCACCCAGAAAACCAAGGGAAUGUUUCAAUGAAAGAGGAAAACUGCACCUGCAGCAUCUCUGAGUAUUCUGAUCAGUCAGUUUUGCAGACAGGUUCCAGCUUGGAUGUGCAAGAAAGCUUGAGUUGUCCUCUGCUGCCUGAAGGGGAGCUGCAGGCAGGGAAGGAUGGCCUUACAGUACCAAGUGUGGAGACACAGCCUGAGAAUACUGCACUCCAGCCCACUUUCUUGUCCCUGAUUAAAACCAGAAAUUUAACUCUGGAGCAGGUUGUAGCUAUUGAAGCUUUAACACAGUUGUCUGAAGCUCCUUUAGAAACAACUUCACCAGCUAAAAGUGAAAGUACUGAACAUACAGGAGAAACAACUUCCCACUUGCUCCACAGUUUUAAAAGGGAUAUCUCAUCCUCCUUUACAUCCUCUGCAUUACAAGAAAUCAAAGACACUUACUUACAGAAUGAGCAGCAGCUCUUGGCUCACUGCGCUCACCCGCAGAAGCAGCUCCCUAAUAAGGCAGUGUUGUACAAUGGCCAAAGUUCAGUGUCUGAGUUGUGUGAUAAACCUGCCAAUCCAGCUGGGGGGAUGUAUAAAUUGCAGUUACCCUCAAGAGAUACCAAACCUUUAUCUGACCCAGCAUCUACUGCAGCAUCGUUUUCGCGAUACGAUUCCAGCGAAAGUUGUGCUCCUGAUCCACUGCCCCUCCCAGGGUACUGCAAUGCUUCAUGUGAUGUCCAGCAUUCAGGGAACAACUUGGAAGCUUCUGGCCAGUUAGAGCAAAAGCCAUCGUGUGGUGAUGUGAAAUUGGAAGGUGGUUCUUUGGUUAAAGAAGGAGGAAUUCACAGCCAGGAUGAAGAGGACGUGGCCGCACAGCUAACUCAACUGGCAGCCCUGAUUGAAUCAAACCAGACGAAUCCAGAGCACAAGAACAACAUAAAGGCAUCCCUGCUUAAUCUAAUAUCACAUGAGAGGCAGCCAAAAUACAACCAAGAAGUGUUGCAGAAAAAAGAAUCUGUAUUUUUUAGGCGUAAUUAUAGUUCCUUGCUGUUAAAGCAGAAGCAAGCAACCAAUAAGAAAGGAAAUGGUGUGCCAUGGAAACAGAGACACAGAAAGAAGCCUCAAGAAGCACGCUAUCAACAAAAUAAUCAAAACCAGCUAGAGCUGUUGUCAUGCCAGCAUAGCGAGUUGCAGGACAUUUGGAUAUCAUCAAAACUCCAUAAGCUUGGUCAAACCAUGCCACAGGACUCCAGGGUAGCUCCAUCUGAAAAAAAAUCUCCAAGGACCAAAGUACAGAGAGCGCUCAGUCAAAACACUUUAGCAUCACAAGAAAAAACUAGAUUAUUUCUUCCACAAGCACAGAUAAAAUUCCACAGGUGUUUACCUGAGGCACCACAGGAGAAAAAAAAAGACAGGUUGUUUGGCUGUGAAGUGGUGAAUGAGCAAAUGAAAACUGUGGGCUCCAGUGACCCACUAGGUGCUGAUCCAAUGAAAAAUGAAGUUGCUGCACGUAGCCAGCACAGCGACCUGUCCUCCCGUAAUCCUCUGGCUGGUUCUCAGCUGAAAACAGCAUCCUUGUUGAAAAGGCCAACUGAAAACCUACAGAUGUUUACAGAAAAAUGUAAUUCUCAGGUACAGCAAACAGCAAAUGUCAGUCAGGCGCCUCCUUUGCCAGCAAGCGUUAACCGGUGUAACCUGAGAGCUAACCAAGUGUGUAGUGAGAGCAAAGCCCAUGGGCAGCAGGGCACGCCGCAGGUAGAGCCGAAGUGCCAGGUGCUGCCCGCUCCCUGUGCUGGGGCCCAGGCGCCAGCUUCUGCUGGAGCUCUCAGGAAUGUGGAGUGUGUGGGUGAGGUGACUGUUCUGACAUCAACCAGAUUGGGUGCUGACCACGCCCAGAGCACAGGCGACUCAGGGUGUUCCCCAGCAAAAAACACGCUCAGCAGUUUCCUUGAAUCACCCAUGAAGUUUCUUGAUACCCCUACAAAAAAUUUAAUAGACACACCUACCAAAAAAGGACAAUCUGAAUUGCCAACUUGUGACUGUGUUGAGCAAAUUAUAGAAAAAGAUGAAGGCCCCUAUUACACACACCUCGGGACAGGACCAAGUGUGGCUGCUGUGAGAGAAAUUAUGGAGAACAGGUAUGGAGCAAAAGGAAGUGCUGUAAGAAUUGAGGUGGUGGUUUAUACAGGAAAGGAAGGAAAAAGCUCUCAGGGGUGUCCAAUUGCCAAGUGGGUGAUCCGGAGGAGCAGCGACGAGGAGAAGCUGCUGUGCCUGGUGCGUCAGCGCGCGGGGCACCACUGCCAGACGGCCGUGAUCGUCAUCCUGAUCCUGGCCUGGGAGGGCAUCCCACACCUGCUGGCAGACACGCUGUACGAGGAGCUGAGGCAGAGCCUGCGCAAGUACGGCUGUCCCACCAGCCGCCGCUGCGCCCUCAACGAAGAUCGUUCUUGUGCAUGUCAAGGACUUGACCCAGAAACUUGUGGAGCAUCAUUCUCAUUUGGCUGUUCAUGGAGUAUGUAUUUCAAUGGCUGUAAGUUUGCCAGGAGCAAAAACCCCAGGAAAUUUAGGCUUCUCACUGAUGACCCUAAACAAGAGGAACUUCUUGAAAACAAUUUGCAAACGUUGGCUACUGAUGUGGCUCCGGUUUAUAAGAAGCUUGCUCCAGAAGCUUUCCAGAACCAGGUGGAAAACGAGCACAUGGGCCCCGACUGCCGGCUGGGCUGCAAGGACGGCCGGCCCUUCUCGGGUGUCACCGCCUGCAUCGACUUCUGUGCCCACGCCCACAAGGACACGCACAACAUGCACAACGGCAGCACCGUGGUGUGCACCCUAACCAAGGAGGACAACAGGAGAGUGGGGGUGAUCCCGAGCGAUGAGCAGCUGCACGUGCUGCCGCUGUACAAGAUCUCCCAGACCGACGAGUUUGGCACCGAGGAGGGCCUGGAGGCCAAGAUCAAAGCCGGAGCCAUCCAGGUGCUCACAGCAUUCCCCAGGGAAGUGAGGAUGUUGGCUGAGCCUCUCAGGGCUGCCAAGAAAAAGAAACCAGACACAAGGAGGACCCCGAGUGAAAAGCAGCCAUUAAUAGAUAAAAAAUAUUCAACACCGGUAAAACUGAAAACUGAAGCCCCAGAACAUCUUGGCAACGCUUUGCAUUGUUUAGGGAACAAACCAGAUGCUUUAAAACCUGGAAUAAAAAUGGAGCCUUCCAACCACCUUUAUGCCAUGAAACAUUCUUCAAACACUACUAAAAAUUGCUCUUUACUGAAGCAGUACACGGCCUCCUCCCCCUUUAAGGUGGAUGGUUUACAUCCUUACCCAUCCCUCGCACACAAGUCUGGCCUAACUGCAGUGACUAAUAUUCAACAGGAUUUUUCAGUUCCCUACGGGUAUUUUGAAUGCAGUACCAAGCAACCUCACGUGCCACCUUACGUUAGCUGCAAGAGCUUUGAUGUGUCAGUGAAGGAUUAUACUGGAAUUGUGCUGGACGAGGAGGUGAACGGCGCGCCACCCGUCCUGCCCGAGGUCACUGCUCCAGGCCCCCCGGCCCACACAGAGCCCCUGCCCACCGUGCUUGAACAGCAGCCAGACACACAGAACUGCCAGCUUCAGCUGGACACCUGUGCCCCCCCGGAGCAGAUCAGCUCCUGUGACCCAGCGCUCCCACCGAGCUCCUUGGCACAGGACGCCCUCGCACCCGCGGCCGACUGCUCCCAUGGGUGCCCCGUGGAAAAGGGCAGCUCCCAUGGGGGACAGAGCUGUGACUUGGACUGUGCUGAUGUAAAGCAAAGCAGUGCGCUGGGACAGGCAGCUGAUUCUGAAGAAAAGGCUGAGGAAUUGUGGUCAGACAGCGAGCACAAUUUUUUGGAUGAUGACAUCGGUGGGGUUGCUGUGGCCCCUUCUCACGGUUCUAUCUUAAUUGAAUGUGCGAGACGUGAGCUCCACGCUACCACGCCGAUUAAAAAACCCAACCGCAAUCAUCCCACCAGAAUUUCUUUAGUUUUCUACCAACACAAAAAUUUAAAUGAGCCAAAACAUGGCUUAGCCAUGUGGGAAGCGAAGAUGGCCGAGAGGGCGCGAGAGAAAGAAAAGGAGGCGGAACGAUUGGGAACGGAGAACGCCGAGCUGGGCUCCUGCAGCAGGAACGCAAAGCAGCCAGGUGAAAGCAGAGAUAUCUUUUAUGAAGACAACGAGUUCAACCAGAUUCCAUCCCGCAGAGCACUGACAGUGACCAAGGACAACGUGAUCACGGUGUCUUCGUACGCCCUGACGCGGGUGGCGGGGCCCUACAACCACUGGGCGUAG